CUUCCUUUCCAGAGUCACCAGUAAUGAUUUUCUUGUUGUUGAGGAAUCUGAGGAGGCGUGGCUUUGAAAAGUCAUGGUGAUGGAAAUACAAAGUACCAGUUUAGAGUAAUAUAAGAACAACAACAGCAACAAAAGGAGCCUGCCUCAGAGUUGAUGAGAUAUCCUCUGGGUUUAAUUGAUUGUGGCUCUUUCUGACAUUUCUCUGUGUUUGGGUUCUGGGCUUUGAAGAAACAAUUCCAGAUGGUGGGAGGAAACAGUUCUGGGCAGUUUGUGGAUACAACGUAUACCAAGAUCUUUGUGGGAGGGUUGGCCUGGGAGACGCAUAGAGAAACGAUGAAGCGUUAUUUUGAACAGUUCGGGGAGAUCCAAGAAGCAGUGGUGAUCACUGAGAGGAACACCGGACAAUCAAAGGGAUACGGCUUUGUCACGUUUAAGGACCUAGAUGCCGCAAUGAGGGCUUGUCAGGAUCCAUCGCCUAUCAUUGAUGGAAGGAGGGCUAACUGCAACCUUGCAUCACUUGGUGCAAAUCGCAAUCGACCACCAACUAUUCAACAUGGUAUGGCUGGGAAGUUCAGACCAGCACCCGGAUUGGUUGCUUCACCAUCUUGUCAUAGCUCCUCUUCCAUGUAUUUCCAUCAACCCACAGCUCAAUACGCAUUUCCUUAUUCUGCUUAUGGGUACUCUGGGUGUUCACAAGAAACUAUGUAUCCCGUGAACUAUUACAGUGUGUAUGGUGGGCAACAGUAUUCACCUUACUACACCACAGCAUCACCGGGGAUUUUCCAGAAUUUCUAUCCGUUCUAUGGCCAAUACAUACAGAGCAUCCUAGAGCAGGGUUUUGGAGCUCAUCGGUAUCAUCCUCCCCAAAUGGUACAGUACCCAUACGUCCCUCACCACUUGAAUGGUUCUCCGGGGAUCCUAUCACUCCCUUCUACUUCACUUGCCUCAACAACUACUACCAUAGGUCCGGCAACGACGAGUAUGACUGGAACAGUGUCCAGUACAUCGCAAGCCUCAGCAGCAGGGAAUAACAAUAGGGAACAGAAUCCAUCAGUUUAAUUUGUGAGAGGGAAAAAUGCCGUUUCAUUCCUGUUCUUUUCAACCUGGGUGGAACAUGGUCAUCACUUCACUGUCAUCAACAUCAUCCUUGAUUGGUAUUAGGAAAGUAGGAAAGUCCUCUAGUUGUCACUUGUUAGCAUGGAAAAUCUCUCUCUUUUUUUUUUUUCCUGGUAAGAAUGCGCAGUAGACAAACACUAGAUAUGCAAGGACUAACUGGCCCUGGGGAUUGGUUUUUUUUUUUUUAUCUCCAGACCACAUUUACCAAUUACCAGUAUUGGUUAAGUCUCUUACCCCGAAAAAAAAAAUACUGGUGAAGGUAAGAAGGCAAGCUUGGCUAUCUUAUCCAUUAAACUUGUAAUUCUUUUCUUUAUUCUUUUGUUAUUGCCCUCUUGUUUGUUGUAUGAUGAUCAUCAUCAUUCAUGAUAAAAUAUUUAAAGAAUGCAGGGUUAGUUAGGGAAGGCAUGUGGUGCCUUUUAAGUCU